AAAUGGCCUGCGUACAUGGCAAAGUCACACUUCUUUGUGACCACUGCCAGCCACCCUCUACAGCUGUCCAGCAGGACUCUGCAGCUUCGAGACGACAUGAGAGGACUCCCCGUUUUUGUUCUGCUGAUGCUCGGCCUUCUGGGAGACUCGCUUGGCGUGACUGUCUCAGAUGGAGAUGGCUACAGCUUCUCCCUGGAGUCAGUGAAGGUGCUGAAGAGGCUGAUGGAGAUGGAGGCGAUGGAGAGGGAGAUGGAACUGGAGGCCCGUGUUAGCGGCCGUAUGGUCCCCCACCGCCUCGCACCCGCACCCGCACGACCGCUCUGCAGCAACCCCACCCUGCCGCAGGAGCUGAAGCCCGUCUGUCUGGACCCCGAGUCAAACGAGGUCUUCGCCAGGUUUGCCGCUUUUAUCACGCCCUCCGACCCCUGUGAGAUCUGUGCCAAUCCAGCGUGCACUGGCUGCAUAUAUUAAUGCGCCUGGCGACCUUUGGCCCCCACCUACUGAAGACAACUUCGCCACAGGAGAAGAAGAGCAUAUCACAACACAAGCAUGGCACACCAUUCACCUCAAAGCCUUUUUAUACCAUACUAAUGUUAAGGUCACUGUUACUCUGCAUUAGCGAAAACCUUCUUUUGAAUUAGCAGAUUAAAACAAAUAUAUAUAUUUCUAUACUUCUCACAUCAGCGUGCUCUGAGCAUCUAUAUAAUGGGACACCAUUUAGGCCCGUAAUGCCGUCGGCAGUGACACAGAGUCACUGAGCCAUGAGCCACACUGUAAAUGCGCCAUCUUUGACACCUGUUAAAUUUCUGAGGUUGUUGUACCGGAGUUGAGAUGGACUGAUGUGCAACUGGAUGUGUGGAUAAUGUGAUCAGAUUCUGUGAGGAGGUGCUGGCCUCUAGUGUGGGGUGACUGCAAAUGAUGGUUAGAUAACAAAACAUGAUUUCAGUGAUUUUCUAUCCUAUGAUCAUUUUUUAUUUUUUUCUAAAAUUCUAAUAUGUUCUAUUCUAAUAUUUAUCUAUUUUGUAACUUUUUUUAUUUUUCAAAAAAACAUUCAGGUUUUAUCUAAGAAUUAUGUUAUGUUAAAUGGAGAGUAGAUCCCUUGUAUGUUCACUACCGAUUGCGUUGCCAUUAUGCACUCCUAACAUAAGCAUUUGUAUUGAAAUUAAAGCACUGUGUUAAAAUA